AAUCAUGUGUUCAUGAAGUUCAUUGCUAUGAUUUAGUUUGUGACUUGCAGUCAACGUUCCGGUGCUUUAUGGCAGAUGUAUGACUUUUUCAGACCUACAUAAAAUAUAUACUACCUAUAUAAUAUUUAGGUAGUGAUCAGCGCAUGAAAUGGAGUAUUCUAGUACUGUUGAUGUUGGAUAUGUUGAUGAGGCUGAGUACCCAUGGAAGCUUGACAGUAAAUUUUUUCCGAGCAAAGUGGGAGGACGACCCUCAUGGCUUCAAUUUACUGACUUACCUUCACCUAAAGAUAUGGAAUGUGAUAAGUGCCAUGAGGCAUGCAUUUUUUUGUGUCAAGUUUACGCUCCAAUAGAAACCAGGACUGACUGCUUCCAUCGUACAGUCUUUGUUUUUAUGUGUCGUAAUCCAAGCUGCCAUCUAAUUAACGACAAUGCACCUUUCAUUGUCUACCGUUCACAACUCAAGAGGGAAAAUGACUUUUAUCCAUUCGACCCUCCCGAAGAAACUGAUAACUGGCACCCUGAAUGCAAAGUGGAUAAAUGGACAGACCUGUGCGCUGCAUGUGGUAAUUCAGGAACAAGUCAUUGUGGAAGGUGUAAAUUGUUGAAAUACUGUAGCCAAAGUCAUCAAGUUUGCCACUGGAAGGAUUAUCAUAAACAAACUUGUAACUCUGGUGAGAGUAUUGAUUUACUUGGUAAGUCAUCUUGCUUGUUACCUGAAUAUGAGUUAAUUGUUGAACCUGAAGGGGAUGAUUCAAUGGAAUCUAGAGGUACACAAGUUGAUGACUCUGAAGAUGAAAAUGAUGAUGACAAGGCUGAGGAAUCAAGGAUUCAAGAAUUUGAAAAACUUUCCAAUGAAGGGAAAACUGGCACUUUGGCAGAUGAUGAAUCUGUCAAUGCAGACCUUAUUAGUAUGGCUGCAAGUGUCGAGGAUAAAGCUUUUAAUGCUUUCAAGGUGAGGAUUGCACAAAAUCCUGGUCAAGUUUUACGGUAUCAGAGAGGAGGGAAUCCACUUUUGUUGUCUGAACAUCACAUUCCAACUGAAGGUGUUGUUCCACCUUGCCCUUAUUGUGGUGCAAAACGUAUAUUUGAAUUUCAGAUUUUGCCACAACUUUUAAACCAUUUGUCCAUUGAUAAUUUAGACCAAAGUAUAGACUGGGGCAUUUUGGUUGUCUAUACUUGUGAACGCAGCUGCUCAUCAGGACCAGCAUAUAAGAAAGAAUUCUUGUGGAAGCAAGAUGUGUCAGAGUAAAGAUAAUUAAAACUUCUGGAUGAUUAAAA